UCGGUUGGCAGUAAACUGUUCUGUUAACUCCAUCAACCAACUUCCUGAGCUUUUAUCUUCUGUUAUGUAAUAGUAAACAAGACGUAUAGCUCAGGAAAUAUGUUUUUCAACAAUGGAGAAAGUUGAUGCAGUCUAUAUAACAAAGAUGUAGAGGGUGAAUUAGAGGAAUACCGCUUUAAGAGAGUUCGUAUGUGAACAUAAUACCAUUUUUAUAGAAAAAUAUGAGCAUAAUUAAACUUAAAAUGGCACAGAUAAAUGGCUAGGCUUUUAUGAGUGGUAUUCGGCCUAUUUAUAUGGAUGUACAUAGUGGUUUAGAUAAAAUUACCUUUAGAGUUGAAGAUAGGAACGAAGAAAGUCUUGAUAACUUUAGGUCCUGUUUAUAACUCUUAGGUAGAACUCAUCUCCAAAAGUUAAUUUGUAGGGAGAGGGUGUCCAAGUGGUUAUAAACCCACAUGUUAAGCCCCAUAUUUUAGCAAUGUGAGAUUCAAUCAGGAUCUUAACAUUUUGCUACAGUAAAAAGUUCUCAGAAAUAAUCAUAUUCAACUUUUUUAUUACAGUAAAAAGCUUUCACAUAAAGUCACAUCUCAACUCGAAUUAACAAACUAAACAUGCCCUUAAACUUGACUAGAACUAUAAUAUAGUAUUAUAUGUGUGUGUAUUUAUAUGUGCAAAUAAAUACGAUGGUGGCCUGGGGGUAGUAACUGAGUUGGUUGAUGCGGGUAGUUGAAGACAAGAAUAGGGUGGUCACAGUUGCAAGUAAUCUUAAUAAAUGGUUGAUAACGCACAAGUUUUUUCAAACAGUAAAUAGAUAAGGCAGGGUUUUAAUGAGAUCCACAUGAUGCACUAUACAUUAUUAAAAUUGAAGCUAUACUACAAAUGACUAUUUUAUAAUAGGAAUGGUGGUGUGGUGCCACAAAUAUUACAGCUAUAUUAAAGAAGAGGAGGAAAGUCAUAACCAAUAGAAGGGAGCUGUAGUGGUUAUGCAAUUAUACUGAUGGUUGUGAUUUGAUAAUUCAUAUAUGUGUGUGUGUAUGUGUGUGUGUGUGUGUGUGUGUGUGUGUAUAUAUAUUUGUUUGGAGGGGAAGAGAAGAUAAAGAAAUCGGGAAAUUGUAGAAAUGAGUUGGUGAAGGUUCGUUGACCAAUCAGAGUGAGAGGAUUUUGAUGUCCCACAAAUAGCUCAACAUUGUUUUUAUGAGACCAUGCACUUUGGCGUGUCUCAAUAGGCCAAAAAAAAAAGUGUAACGAAAUGUGAAGCCACACCAGAUCUCUUCCUCUAAUUCAUUCAUUAUGUGAUUGUAGGCCAAUCCAAACCAUAACAGAUCAAAAUUUUUGUUGGAGUUGGUCUACCGUCAAAACUCAACCCCCAAAGCUGCGUUUGCAACAAAAAGAAAAUAUUAUUAAUUUGUCAGUAUUGAUAAGAAAAUAUUAUUAACUUCAGGAAGUCGUUGGGAUUAGGUUCCCUUCCACUCCAACUUUAUACCUUACACACACGCACACAUAUAUAUACAAUCUCUCCAGAAACAAUCUACUUCUCAAUCACAAAAAUGCAGCUUCUCCAUCCUUUCUCAUCCAUCCUGGCGCACUUAUCCACGCGGUGGCCGCUUCUCAUCUACGCCACCACAUGGACGAUGCUCCUCACCCUGACGGUGGCUCUCGCCUCCUUCUGGCCUGAAGUUUCCUUCGUUUCGGCAAUUUCAUCGUCCUCCUUCUCCCGCGCCUGCGUCGACCCUGACUUGUUUAUAAGAGUUCCUAUAGACCUACCGGCCGAGAUUCUGUGCUUGCCGGCUCACCGGUUUGCAAAGUCUAAUCUUGAUCUAAUCGUGCCGCCAGUCUUCGCAGCGGUUGUUGUGGCUGCCUCCGCCUUCUUGGUCCGCGCCCUUGCCUUGUGGGAGGAUGAUAUGCCUCAUUGAGAGUAGGUCUAGAAUUGAUAUUUCUUCAAUUCUUUAACAUUUUGGAUCUUGGCAUGUUAUUGUUUGUAUAUACCUUAGCUAGUAUAUAUCAUACACUAUUUGGUGC